UUUUCGUCAACAAGUUAUAUUGCCAGAGUCAGACUCUCUAUACCCCAAGAAAGCUCCUAUUCAAUUACACACGAAAAACGAUCGAGUUCGCCUACCAAAUCUCUUUGUUGACCUCACUUAAAACCUAAUACACCUGUCACUAUGGCCGACGUUGAAAUGAACGGCAAGAGCAAGGACCUUUCUUGGGCCGCCAAGUCUGUCGAAGGAUGGAAUAUCUUUGUCACUGGGCUACAUGAAGAAGCUACCGAGGAGGACGUUCAGGAUUUUUUUGCGGACUUUGGAUCUAUAAAGCAGGUCAACAUGCCAUUGAACAGACGGACGGGUUACGUUAUGGGCUAUGCCAUCAUUGAAUAUAAUGACCGGGAAAAUGCGGAGAGGGCAAUUGCGGAGGCCGAUGGCACCACCUUCCUUGAACAAACAAUCCACGUCACCUUUGCAUUCGCCAAGGCUCCUCAAGGAGGUGCUCAACGGAGAGAAGGCAAGGCACGAGAGUUGUCACCAACCAGAAGAUAACAGGUGGAUUGCUACAUUGAUGGAGGAUCGGGCAAUGUGUAGACUUACAGGAAAGAAGCAGCUAUAACUCAUGCAUCAUUGUAACAGCAGA